AUGGCUCAUGGCGAGCCUCAAAAGGUUGACACCGUCAUUGUUGGAAACGGCCCCUCCUCUCUGAUUCUCUCGUACAUCCUCCAUGGACACAUCCCAUACUACGAUGAAUCUAGCCCGCAUCCGGAUGCCAUCCUCCACGAGAAACUGCUCCGGCUGGGCCAUGAUCUCCUCGAUAUCGACUUCGACCACCUGACGGAGCAUUUCGCUGGUUCGCGGUUCUCCUACUCAACGCAAGCCCUGCCGGUGAAUGUGUUACUGGACACAUUAGUGAGACCUCUGGGAGAAACCGAUGACGCGGAGAAAAAGACGUGCAUUCGAUGGGCCUACGAGCCUUCGCGAGCGGUUGCUCACAUGGUUAUUGGACAAACCCACAGUACAGGCGGGCAAUGGGUAGAGAAUCCUGUCCACGCAAGUUGGGAUAUUGGAACUCUUAGUUAUGCGGGAAUGAUUUCGCUUCCCGGCUACGGCUUUGAUGAACACUACCAAAGACGAAAUGGUCGGCCAAUGCCCGUCUAUACCAGGCCAUCCCGCCAUGCUGUGGCCGACUAUCUUGCUGAAUAUCCCUUCCAUGUGGGUAUCGCCGACUCAAUCCAUAACGGAGAGCAAGUCCGGGGGGUUUCUCGUCGGGGCCAUGGUUUCUAUAUCGCGUCGCAUAAUGUUCUGUGCAAGAAUCUCGUCCUCGCGUCGGGAAUUUUCAGCGAGCUCAUCCAACCACGACCGCUACUUCGUCCUCUUGUCGAACUUCGUGCCAAACAGAUGGGGCCGUCUACAAACCCACUUCUAGUCAUUGGGUCCGGCUUCAGUGCUGCCGAUGUGAUUAUCUCGAGCCCACCAAACCAAAAGAUCAUUCACAUUUACAAAUGGGCUCCGUCGACGUCACCCUCUCCGUUACGUGCUUGCCACCAGCAAGCUUAUCCCGAAUACGCAGGCGUGUACCGGCGGAUGAAACUUGCCGCGAACCCUUCUGCAAAGCCUAAGGACAAACGCCCGAGAUACCGUCGAAUCAUGUCUGACUUCGAUUUGAGUCGCGAUUGGAAUGCGACCUACGAAGGGUUGCCGAACACUGAAGUCGUUGAUGUCCAGGUCUCUGACGACGGAUUAGCAGCUACAGUCACUUUUCAGAACGCCAGCACGAAGGAAUCACCAUUUCAGCGCCAAGUGAGUGGUUUGGAGUAUGUGGUUGGAAGACGGGGCUCGUUGGAGUAUCUCGCACCAUCCCUUCUGCAGGAAGUGAUACCUAAAGAAGCCGAAUCGCUACGUGGUGCUGGUAUGAUAUCAGCACAGACACUGCGCGAAAAGGCGAACGAAGAUCUCGAGGUUGCGCCACAUGUUUUCAUUAUCGGUAGUCUAACGGGUGAUUCUCUGAUCCGCUUUGCAUAUGGCGGAUGUGCCUACGCUGCGGGAAAGAUAAUGCGGGAGAGUCAAGAGGGCGAGACUAGAGAUCAGUCGAGCAAGCUAAGGAGCAACGGGUCGGUCAAGGUUUGUUUAGGCCAGUACCAAACCCCGGCGUCCUCACCAAAGAUUCCUGCUAUGAGCGGUCUGGAUGGACAUGAGUCGAGCCCUGUGAGUUUAGCGGAAAGGGCUAAUAUGUCGCUGGAUAGACGCAAAGAAUGA